AUGGCGCUCACCGACCUGCCGUACACCAUCUUCGCCGACGUCAUCGCCCGCCUCUCCCCGCGCGAAGCCGUCGCCGCCCGGCGCGUCUCGCGGGCCGUCCGCGCCGCGCUGACCCGCCCCGAGCUGUGCAUCAGCCUGCUGCUGCUGCACUUCCCGCGCGCUCGCGAGUCGCGCGAGCUACGAACCAUGCUUCAGCGACGUGACGCCUCCGCCCAGCUCGAGAGCGUCUGCUGGGCCGCCGCGCUGGCCGCGACGGCGCGCCGCUACCACCACCUCGGCACGGCGACGCCCCGCGCGACGCAGACGCUCGCCCCCGCGCCGGCGCCCGACUCGGCCGCCACGCUGCGCGGCGUCACGCCCUGGCACCGCUUCCUGCGGCUGGACGACAAGACGGCCGCGUUCCACUACUGGGAUCCCGCGUGGACGUGCGACGCCGAUGCGGGGCUGCUGGUGCAUCCGGUCGCGGGACGGCGGUAUGUGCUCCGGAACGUGGAGGAGCGCGGCAGGACGUGGCCGGUGCCGUUUGAGACGGAGGGAAGGCUGGUGAGGCGGGUGCGGCUAAGCCAUGGGAUUCUAGUCUUUGAGUGGUGUGAGAAGGAAGAGGGAGAGGGAGAGCAGGGCGCGCACAGGCACUUUGCGACGGCGUAUGAUGUGAAGAGGGUGCGGAGUGAUGGCUGCGGGGACGGGGACGAUUUCUAUACGCUGAGAAGAUAUUUCAAGGUUGGGCUCGGCAGCGAGCAUGAGAUGAGAAAGAACGAGUGUACAAUCACCUUUCGCGCUGAAUGGAAAAUUCACAGCCUCGGCAUCUUGCUGCGCCAUGAAGACCGCUUCUUCUCGACACACAACAGCACGCACUACGCCGUAUACGUCUGGCAGCCCCCGCGCUCGCCCUGGGCGGGCGAGGACGAGCCUCUCGAGCGGCUCAUCGUCUGGGACAUUGGCAGCAGCCCUUCCGGCCCGCGCAUCAUCGCCCAGCUGACCAACGCGCAGCUCGACCACUGGGGCGUCUGCCAGCGCGGCAGCCCCUCGCUCCGCGGCCUGCGCCUCGACGACCGCACCCGGGAUCCGUUCGACGGCCUCCCCUGCGGCCACGUCUUCUUCGUCGAGGAGGAGCACCGCUGGUCCGCCGGCCCGCACUGCAGCCCGACGCCGCCGCGGCUGCACCACGUCAAGACGACCGGCAUCCCGCUGGGCGUUGCCGGCCCGCGCUGGGUGGACGAGUGCGGCAAGGUCCGGUCGGACGAGGAGAGCAGCAGCAGCCGCGGGAGCCAGAUGCCGUUUUGCCGGCGCGACAGCCGUGUCUCCCAGGACGCCGCGGCUGCUGCUGCUGAGAUGGAGACGUGGCCGGGCCGCUGCCCGUGUUGGCGCCACGACGACUUUCCGUACCUGACCGUCUGCGAGGUCCACGAUGCGGGCGCCGGGGUGCGCUUCAGCGCGCGGCACUGCUUCAUGCUCGAGACGCUGUCCGUCCAUGUGAAGCCGCGGCUGCGCGUCCAUGGCGUCGCCGCGACACCACUACCAGCGGGACCGACGACGACGACGACGACAACAACAACAACCCGCGAUGCAUCGUCGUCGUCGCAACGCGCACCACGCAGAACCAACAGCACAUCGCAGGCGAGCAGCAUGAGCAGCCAAGGCGCCAAAACCGCGAAUGGGGGAGGUGUUGGUCGCGCAGGCGAGAACACGUCGCGACGGGGGUACGGCCACCAUGAGGUGGUCGGAGAGGAGGAGGAGGAGGGCAGUAGCGUGGUUGCCGGUAGUGAUGCCAGCUCGGACAGCUCUGCGGCGGCGCCGACCCGGGAGAUUCAGUUUGCGGAUGAUGCUUGGGCCAAGCUCCUCAACGCGGGCUACAUCUGUGGCGACGAGAGAUGGCUGGUUGGACAGAACAGCGAUGGCGCGAUUACAAUUAUGCAUUUUUAA